AUGACGUUUACCGUCGUCGGCAACGUGCUGAAUGUCAACCACGCGGGCCCCAUUUUCUCUGAAAUUACCACUGACGACCUGACUACUCCGAUUGUAACUAUUCCAUUUCCCACUGUCACUGAAAUUACCACUGAAGACCCGACUAGUCCCAUCGUAACUGUUCCAUUCCCCACUGUCACCGAAAUUACUACUGAAGACCCGACUACUCCCAUCGUGACUGUUCCUUUUCCCACUGUCAUCGAAAUUACCACUGAAGAACCGACUACUCCCAUCGUGACUGUUCCAUUCCCCACUGUCACCGAAAUUACUACUGAAGACCCGACUACUCCCAUAGUAACUGUUCCAUUCCCCACUGUCACCGAAAUUACUACUGAAGACCCGACUACUCCCAUCGUGACUGUUCCUUUUCCCACUGUCACCGAAAUUACUACUGAAGACCCGACUACUCCCAUCGUGACUGUUCCAUUCCCCACUGUCACCGAAAUUACCACUGAAGACCCGACUACUCCCAUCGUAACUGUUCCAUUCCCCACUGUCACCGAAAUUACUACUGAAGACCCGACUACUCCCAUCGUGACCGUUCUAUUCCCCACUGUCACCGAAAUUACUACCGAAGACCCGACUACUCCCAUCGUGACCGUUCCAUUCCCCACUGUCACCGAAAUUACUACUGAAGAUCCGACUACUCCCAUCGUAACCGUUCCAUUUCCCACUGUCACCGAAAUUACGACUGAAGACCUGACUACUCCCAUCGUAACUGUUCCAUUCCCCACUGUCACUGAAAUUACUACUGAAGACCCGACUACUCCCAUCGUAACUGUUCCAUUCCCCACUGUCACCGAAAUUACUACUGAAGACCCGACUACUCCCAUCGUGACCGUUCUAUUCCCCACUGUCACCGAAAUUACUACCGAAGACCCGACUACUCCCAUCGUGACCGUUCCAUUCCCCACUGUCACCGAAAUUACUACUGAAGAUCCGACUACUCCCAUCGUAACCGUUCCAUUUCCCACUGUCACCGAAAUUACGACUGAAGACCUGACUACUCCCAUCGUAACUAUUCCAUUCCCCACUGUCACUGAAAUUACUACUGAAGACCCGACUACUCCCAUCGUAACCGUUCCAUUCCCCACUGUCACCGAAAUUACUACUGAAGACCCGACUACUCCCAUCGUGACCGUUCUAUUCCCCACUGUCACCGAAAUUACUACCGAAGACCCGACUACUCCCAUCGUGACCGUUCCAUUCCCCACUGUCACCGAAAUUACUACUGAAGAUCCGACUACUCCCAUCGUAACCGUUCCAUUUCCCACUGUCACCGAAAUUACGACUGAAGACCUGACUACUCCCAUCGUAACUAUUCCAUUCCCCACUGUCACUGAAAUUACUACUGAAGACCCGACUACCCCCAUCGUAACCGUUCCGUUCCCCACUGUCACCGAAAUUACUAAUGAAAACCCGACUACUCCCAUCGUAACAGUUCCAUUCCCCACUGUCACCGAAAUUACCACUGAAGACCCGACUACUCCCAUCGUAACCGUUCCAUUUCCCACUGUCACCGAAAUUACCACUGGACAUCCAACGACCGAAAAUGUGGACGUUACCACUCCUGCAGACGAUUUAAAAGAAUUGGAAGGCUUAAGUUUAUUUAUAAUAGUAAUUAUCUCAUUAGCAUCAGUUUUUAUUGUUAUUUUGAUAGGGUUGGCCAUUUAUUGUUUCUCAACCUCUGGCAAAUCUCUAGAGUUACAAACAUUAUCGUAUAACGAGGGUAACUUUGAUAAUGAUUCCCCUGGAUUUGUAUCGACGCCAAAAAUAAGUGGAAGUGCAUUGAAUGUGUAA